AUGUUACCUGCGACAACGGAUACUUCAUCUGCCUCCUCGGCAUCAUCAUCGCUCUACCAAACGAGCGAAACUGACUCCGAUAAUGCUUACCGAAGAGUUGAAAAGAUGUACAGAAAACAUCAUGUCAGUAACAAACAUGGAAAGAUGGUUGAGGCUGAUUUUCCCGAUACCACCCAUGUGAUUGAUUUUCAUAAUUUACAAAAUAACACUCCAGAAAAUAGACAACUUCUUGAACCUGUGGUAUUACCAAACACUGAAAUCGAUAUGAAAUAUUUUGAAGAGGCAUUAGAAAAGUAUAACUCUUAUUUCUCCCAAGAUGAAUAUUUGAAAAAUACAAUGCGUUUCACUAAAGAAGAGUUAAUGAGCAAAUCGAUAUAUACAUUUAAAGGAUAUCCUGGAUUUUAUGUCAUCAAGGACCUCAUGAGACCAGAACAGCAAAUUUAUUGGAUUAAACAAGCGUUAGAACAGUAUCCUAAUCCUCCAAAUAUUACUAAUCAUACUAUGAAACAAGGUGAAAUUUUGGAUAUUUUUAAAAGAAGCGUAAACGGAGAUGAAGAAGCCAAGACUUUACUUAAAAAGUUAGCAUGGUGUACUUUGGGAUAUCAAUAUGAAUGGACAACAAGAAAAUAUCACAAGGAUAAGUUUGUUAAAUUUCCUGACGACAUUGGAAAUUUUGUUGAAAUGAUUGCAUGUCAAUGUGGAUAUGGACCUUAUAAACCUGAAGCUGCCAUUGUGAACUUUUAUUCCAAAGAUAGACUCAUGGGAGGUCAUGUGGAUGAUGCAGAGUAUGAAAUGUCAAAACCAAUUGUUAGUUUGAGCAUUGGUUCAAAAUCUAUCUUUCUAUUGGGAGGAGAAACGAAAGACAUUGAACCUAAAGCUAUUUUUCUCGAGUCAGGAGAUUGUAUGUUGAUGGGAGGCAGGGCAAGAUAUUGCUUCCACGGUAUUGCUCGAAUUCUUAAAGAUACUAUUCCUGCCUAUCUUCAAACAGCACAUGUAGAUCCCAAGUACAAGAUUUACGCGGAAUAUAUGGAAAGAGAUAUGAUGAGAAUCAAUAUUAAUGCUCGACAAGUAUUUGUGGAUGAGAAUCAAAAGAAGGAAUUCGACAAGAACUUGGAACAAUAA